CGGAAGCGGGAGGCUUCUGCCCGGGAUAGGCUGCGAGAGGGAGACGGAGGCCUGCUGCUUCUGCUUCGCUUGCGGCAGCCUCGGCCCUGGCGGAGAAGGAGGAGCGAGAAGGGGGCGCGGGGUUCUCGGAGGGGAGGCAGCCCGGUCGGCAGGCGGCGAGAGGCGGCUGCACGCGUCAGAUGCUGUUUCUUCGCAUCGGAGUCCCCUGUAAGGUGUGCUGCAGAGUAAAACAUAAACAUGGCCAAGGUUAUCAAAAUGUUUCUCACACUCAGAAAUCACUGGAAGAAGACCACCGCUGGGGCCUGCCUGCUCACCUGGGGAGGAAACUGGCUGUAUGGAAAACACUGCGAUAACCUGCUAAGGAGAGCUGCAUGCCAAGAAGCCCAGGUGUUUGGCAACCAGAUUCUUCCUUCCAGCAUGCAGAUCAAGAAAGCAACAGUGUUUCUCAACCCUGCAGCUUGCAAAGGCAAAGCCAGGAAUCUUUUUGAAAAGAACGCAGCCCCAAUUCUUCACUUGUCUGGUCUGGAUGUGACUGUGGUGAAGACAGAUUAUGAAGGGCAAGCGAAGAAGUUGUUGGAGCUGAUGGAAAACACAGACAUGAUAAUCGUUGCAGGAGGGGAUGGAACAUUGCAAGAGGUCAUAACUGGUCUUCUCCGAAGGGUGGAUGAGGCAGCUUUCAGUAAGAUUCCCAUCGGAUUCAUUCCCCUUGGAAAGACCAGCACCUUAAGUCACACGCUUUAUCCUGAGAGUGCAAACCAAGUCCAGCAUAUUACUGACGCCACGUUGUCCAUACUGAAAGGAGAGACUAUUCCACUUGAUGUUUUGCAGAUUAAGGGGAACAAAGACCAACCCGUCUUUGCUGUGACUGGUUUAAGAUGGGGGUCUUACAGAGAUGCAGGAGCAAAAGUCAGCAAGUACUGGUAUCUUGGGCCUCUGAAAAUCAAAGCAGCCCACUUCUUUAAUACAUUAAAGGAGUGGCCUCAGAAGCAUCUAGCCUCCCUUUCCUAUUUGGACCCAACUCCGAGGCCUCCUGAGGAGCCUGAGCAGAAGACCCCUAGACCUCCUUUAUACAUCAGGCUUUACAAGAGACUGGCACACUAUUGGGCACCUGUCCCCAAAGAAAUCCCCAAGGAGGUGACCCCGGAGGCCUGGCGAGAAAUGCAGCUGUCCGCUAUUGAAUUCUCUGUCACUACUCAGAACAGACAUCUUGACUUGAAACGCACAGAAGACUUCAUGAAUAUUUGCAUUGAACCAGAUUCAAUCAGUAAAGGAGAAUACAUUAAAAGAGGAAGCCAAAAGAUGGAGGACCCCCACUUGUGCCCAGAAGGAAGCCAGUGCCUUCAGGCUAGCAGGUGUAUCUUGCAGCUUGCAGAGGAUACGGAAGGCUUCUUGGCUGUGGACAGCGAGGAGUAUGAAGCGAUGCCAGUGGAAGUGAAGCUGCUGCCCAGGAAACUCCGGUUUUUCUGUGAUGCCAGAAAGAGAGAGCAAAUGCUUCAAGGCGCAUCCUAGCAAAGGCUGCUGCCGCUAGCCAACUGUGUGAACUUCAAAAUGAUGCUCUCGGUUCCUGGCUGGCAGGCUGGCGUUUGCAUUUGAUAAGGCCAGCAGGCAUGUCAGGUGCGAAACAAGACACAUAUGGAAAGGGUCUCUGAAAGGGGGGUUAAAUUGGUUACGUUUAAAGAACUGCAGCUGGAAGUUUUGCAUGCCUUUCCUCGAGUACAAUGAAAGACUUUUUUUUUCGCAGAUCAGUGUUUUGUGUGUAAGUAGCUUGAUCCCUGCCUUGGAAGUGUUAGGGUAGAAAUCCAUACAUAUUUAUUUGGGUCUCGUUCGGCCAUUUCUUGAGGGAAGGAUGGCUUUCCCCUACUCUCGGAAUUGAUAUUUUAAGCAGAAGUUGAAUGUUGAGAUGAUAGCACUUUCAGAAUAAUUGGCAGGCACAAAAGGCUGUAUGUGUUAAAAGUGAACUUUAAUAGAGUAAAAAAAAGUCCAUUAUAGUAUGUACACGAGUCCCUCUCGGGCUCCACAUAAGCAGUGGCAAUCCACAAACUUAGUGCUUUCCUUCUUGCGGGAAAAUGAAGAAAGCCACAGGUACAAUUGACACCGCUAAAGGAAGGUGCUUGGUCACAGCUUAGUGAGGAGAGGCUAGCUGCCGAUCAAAUCAGAUUCACGCUUCAUCAGAGAUAUUAGAAUUAUCACAGCCUGUGCUGCCUUUAUGACCACAUCAAAUUGGUAGUUGUACACUAAACUCGGCUGCUGAGGGAUGCUGCUUUAAAUCACAACACCCUACAGAUUUCUUAACUGGGAGAGAGAGGAGGGAUGCCCUCUCACUGACACUACCAGGAGGGGUUUCAGUCAAUCCACCCUUUUACCAGAAAUACUUGCAACAUCAAGUGGGGAAGUAUCGCAAGCAGCCUUAUGGCCAAACCACAUGUGGGAGAAUUGGGACUGGAACGCCUGGUGCGCUCAGGUGUUCUUAAACUUUCACAACUACUGAUGAGCCAAAACUGGAUUCAGGGAACAGUUCUGGGGGAGAGUUUUAUCCCCCUUUACUUACUCAAGAUCUCUCCCUGAGCUAUUAGUCCUUCUAGGGGGAAACUCUGGUAACAACUCAAACUUCGCUCUUCUCCCACUGCGACCCUUAGCAACCUUGCAGGCAGGGGUGAUUUCGAUCAGAGAACCAUUUCUCUCUCCACGUGUAGUUUAACCCUCUCCAACGGGGCUCCUGCCGUGAUCCUACUUUUUUAAAGUACCAGGUGAACCAGUCACAGUUCUGUAUAUUGCUUGGGGGUCUUGCAGUGGUGGUCCACUGUGAUGGCCGAUUCCCAAUUUCUUUUAUGCAAACACCUGGGUUGAAGAUGCCAUGUUUUUACAGUAUACCCCACAAUAAGCUUUCGGAACUCUUGCAGGAGUGGGGGAUCCUUUGUCCCUCCAGAUGGUGCCGAAAUAUAGACUCCUGUCGUCCCUGGUGCUUGCUAGGGCUGGCGGGAGUUGUAGUUCAGCGACGUUUUAUAGCUUUCCCUCGUUUUCAGUCUGAUCGUAUUGGGACCCGUACACAACUGUGUUGAAAUAAUUAAACGAACACCUAGAGGGCCGAAAGCUCUGCACAACCUGCUCUACAACAAAGCAAGCGGCUCUUUUUCGCCAACAGCCAUCACUUACAGAAUAGGUUCUGCCUUGUUUCAUAGGUUCCUGCUCAUCCCACUGACUU